UGGCUAUUAACUGGUCGGUGCUAAAGGUUUUUGUUUUGGUAAUAUGGUUUAAAUCCUGCUAGAUUAGGGAGCGUUGCGGACAUAGCAGAAAAAUUCCUUGGAUUCCAGUUUUCUAGUGGUGAUACUCAAAUCGUUUGACAAUAGCUCUCCUGUCCUAGAGACCAAAAAUGAAGUUGCUAAUUUCGACAUUCAUAGUGCUCAGCAUCGUGGCUUGCACAACUUCUUUUUCUUUAAGUGAAUCAUCAAAUGUGCCAAAGAGCAACAGUAGCCAACUAAGUACUAAAGAAACAGAUAAUCCAUUAAUUCAGAAACGUAUUCACAAAAAACACAGGGUGUUUAUUCCAUUUGCAAGACCACUGAGGGAAGAAGAGCCGGAUAAUGCGACAUGUGAAGAUUCAUCAGACGAAUUCCCAGUGUUUCUCAAUGAUUAUGCAAGAAACCACGGAGGCGUCGUGCUGUGUUUCAUUAUUGGUAUAUAUUGCUUCACGCUUCUCGCUGUGGUUUGUGACAAAUAUUUCUUGCCCUCCGUCGAGACCAUUUGUGACGUCCUCCAUUUGACACCCGACGUAGCAGCUGCGACCUUCAUGUCAGUCGCUACCUCUUGCCCCGAGAUGUUCACCAACAUCAUAGGUACCUUUAUCACCGAGUCGGACAUUGGUAUCGGUACCAUUGUGGGUUCUUCUCUUUUCAAUGGACUCGGGGUGGCUGCGAUUGGAGGUCUAGCCUCGAUCACGCCCCUGCAAUUAGAUUGGUGGCCCGUGACCAGAGACGUCUGCAUUUACGUGAUGGCAGUAGCUCUGCUCGUGGUGAUCACCUGGGACGGUUUCGUCUUUUGGUACGAGGCUUUGAUACUCUUCAUAGUCUACUUCGCCUACUUCGCUAUCAUGUUCCAAAACACGCGCAUCUCCAGGUUCGUAAAGAGCAGGCUUGGAAAGGACAGAGUGGAAGAUCUCCAGACCGACGAGAAACCGGAAGCCAGGACUUCCGUCAUAUCGGCCUACGGCACGUAUCUCGAGGAGGCGCACAAACCAGGCUACGUCAAGGCCCAUGAGAAGGUUAUUAAGGAGCUCGACGAAGCCGACAAGAAAGAAGCCGAGAAGUCGUUGUUCCGCAUCCCAGAAGGGUCCAAGUUAAAAAAAUUCAUCUUCUUCUACACGUGGCCCAUCCAGCUCAUCUUGCGUUUUACAAUACCAAAUCCCAAAGUACAUCCGAAAUUAUUCCCCAUUAGUUUCCUCAUGUGUAUCGUAUGGAUCGGUACAAAUUCCUACAUGGUCUCUUGGAUGAUGUCAGUUAUUGGGAGUGUUUUCAAAAUCCCCGACGCAGUGUUGGGAAUGACGUUCUUGGCCGCUGGUGGUUGUCUACCAGAAUCUAUCUCGAUGACAAUUAUUUCGAGGAGAGGCGAGGGUGCAUUCGGUGUAUCCAACUCGCUGGGCGCCAAUACCAUGAACAUCCUCUUCUCCUUGGGCAUGCCUUGGUUCUUCAAGACCAUCACCCAAGGAGCCAACUCUACAUCUUUCAUCAAGAUCCAGUCGGGUUCAAUUGAAUACACCAUCCUGGCGCUGAUCGGAGUCUCCUUCUGUUUGUUCUUAACCCUCUUCUUCAACAAGUUCCGCCUGGGCAAACGUGCCGGAAGUAUCCUGAUUACCAUCUACCUCAUCUACGUGACACUGGCUAUCCUCUCCGAAUUGGUAUUCUUCGACAACGACCAGUCCUGCGACGGAUAGAACAGACUUACUCUUUCAUCGUGUUUCCGGAUAUACUCUUGUUCAGAUUUACACCAUGGAAAUGUUUCUGGUUGUAAGUCUGGACGUGAUCUAUGAUACCUGACAUUUUAGUGUAAGUUUGUAAAAGACUAAUUCCAAGCAAUAAGGUUAUACUCUUGAAGAGAUUUUUUUUAGCAUAUGUAGGUAGCUAAUGUUGGAGGAGACUUUAGCAAAUUUCAUCUCUAUUAGUUUGUAGGUGCUUGUUUUUUACAAUUUGGAAUGUUUUUCAAACGAUAUUUUGAGAACAAGAAAAUAUUUCGUGUUUUAUGCCAUAGCCAAAGAGAACACAUAACUGCGUUAAAAAUAGUCAUAUUAAUUAGUAAAAUCAUCAUUAGGCACAUUAAGCGAUGUACGAACUUAAAAACUAUCACAUCUAUAGUCUUCUUUCUAAGCCCCUCUCACACGAUACGACUUUUGUCGCGACAACGCGUCUAACGAAGAGGGCUCGCACUUUUCUAGGUUUCAAUCCAGAAUUUUGUGCUCCAGUCUGUGUAGAGAUCAGAAAGAGGCAAUUAAAAAGGUCUUGCAUUUUAUAAAUGUGUGUAGUAGAUAGUUAACAAGAAAAAAAGGAGGGAUAAUUCUUCGACUGAUCUUUCUUGGGUCGCAGUCACAGCCUGGAGAUUAUUGGGUGUCGACAAAGCUUAAAAAACUCAUUUAUUUGAUAUUAUGCCAUUGAAAAGCUGAGAGGGAUGCGUCAGAUCUACGAACAAAUUGCCUAAUUUUCAUUUAUUGUUGACUGUAUGUUUUUCUCUCAAAAUCGCUAACUCACAUAUCUCAAACUAUUUGGAACAAAAAAGUAGAUGUACUUGUUGGUGCAAUAUUAUUGGAUAAUUAUUUUUAAGAAUGAGAUCCUUAGGAAUUAGUGUUAUUUGAUUAUUUAAUUCCUACACCACAGCGUAGAUUGUUAACGUUUUUGUAAAUAGAAUAAACACCUGUAUUUUUUUA